AUGUCGGACACAAGUAAAUGGGAAAUAGCCGAUAGUCUUCGUCAACGUGCACGCGACGAUUUAUUUGGUCUAUUAAAAAGUAUCGGUGGAACCAAAGAUCUUUUUAUCGAUGCUGAUCUAUUUCCAUUGAUUGACUUAACAUCAACCGCAAGCGAAAUUCGACAGCACGGUGUCGAAAAUCUACAUAAAUUGGAUUCGGCAGUCAAUGCUAAGACGAAAAACAAACGAUUAUUCUUAUUACGGCCGAAUAUAGUGCGAUUUCUAACAUUGGCCAAGCAAUUACGGCAGUUGGAUAUUCGCAAUGCACACGUGAUCUGUGUUCCGAGAAAAUUCUACGCAUUCGAACAUUUAUUAGAACAAGAAGGUCUUUGGGGUCGAUGUGCACUUCAUGAAUUAACAGCAUUUGAUAUGGUUGCAGUCGAUUAUGACCUAUUCUCUAUGGUUAAUUCGCAUUUGUACUUGAAUAUCUACUUGGAUCAUUCCACUGAUUGGUUAUCGACAUUAGCAGCUUCGUUAAUCGAUUUUCAGAAGCUAUUCGGAAAAUUUUCGAAAACACUCGCAUUCGGAAAACUGGCCGGACAAGUUCUGCGACAAUUGGAAAGAGGAGAGGGUGCAAUUAGCAAUCAAGAUUUCGGCGGUGGAAAGAGCAUCCAGACAGUUAUUUUAUUCGAUCGCAGUGUUGAUCUAGUAACACCAUUUUGCUCACAGAUGUGUUAUGAAGGUUUACUUGAUGAAUAUUUCAAUAUUGAAGCUGGUCGAAUGAAAAUUCCCAAAUCUGGUAAUGCAGAGAAUGCUGGACCACAACAUGAACUAGUUCAAUUAUCUACGAGAGAUGAUACGAUCAUCGAAGGUAUCCGUGCCAUGCAUUUCUCUAAAGUUGCACAAGAAAUCAAAGCUCGAUUGGCACGCGAAAAUGUUCUACAAAAUGAUUUUCGUGAUAAAGUGAAAGAUGCAUCUAUUAGCGAUCUGAAACAUCUUGUCAAUAAUGAUGUUAAAGGACAUAUCAACGUGAAAAAACAAUUAACACGUCAUUUAGAUCUGUGUGCGGAUAUUUACGAGAAGAAAAAGGCGGCUGAUUUCAAAAUUCAACUUGAAAUGGAAGCGAAUAUCUUACACUCGGAGAAUUUCGAUGAAAUCGUUUCGUAUAUUCAUACAAUGAUUUGCCGUUGCGAACCAAAUAAAUAUCGUCCAUUACAAUUACUCUGUUUAUUAUGCACAGCAAAUAAUGGACUAGGACGUGAGCUUUAUGAAUUACUUUGUCGAUCGUACCUUCAAGCGUAUGGUUAUGAGAAUAUUCCAUUACUUUAUAAACUGGAACAAUUGAGAUUCUUCUAUGUGAAACGACAAUGUGAUAUACCAGUGCCCACGAAUUCCGCGACGACAGCUGGUUCACGCGGUGAAGCAUUUUUCAAAAGAGGAAUACAAGCAGCGCAGAAUCUAACCGAUAAAGCACAAACACAGAAAACUUUCUUUCAAUUUAUGCGAAAAAGAUUGAAUUUAACACCGGAUUUAAACCAGCAAACUAAAACAGUACCCGGUCCCGAUAUGGCUGAUGUUUUUGAUUCGAUUUAUGUUCCAUUAUCAUGUCGAUUGAUCGAAGAAGCUUUAAUCAACGACGGUAAACUAGCAAUGUUUCAACAUGAGCUUAUUCAACGUGGUUAUCCAGGUGCUGAAGAUCUCUUCGUCCAGCGUUCAUCGGGUGUAUCAACACGUUCUCAAUUCCAUGAUAAUCAACAAUCUAUUCUGAUCGUUUUCAUCGGCGGUUGCACACAAUCAGAAAUCAACGCACUUCGUAUGUUAGCAUUGAGUAAAAGUAACGUCAAAUUACGAUUCUAUUUCGCUCCAACAAGCCCGAGAACUGAAAAUAAAGCAGAUGCUUAUUCAAAUGCCACACCAUCCUUAUUUCCUUUUGGUUUACUUAUGUAUGAUCUACCAUCAUCACGACGGACAACGUCUCGAACGUUGACUAACACGGAAACUAUCUCAAGAAAACAAUCUUCAUCUCCUGUACCAUCAUCGUCCUCCUCUGUUUCAUCUAUCGCUGAUGAGGAUUUAUCAAUUGAUAUUGAGUCCGAGAAGAAAAACUUAACAACAACCGAAGAUUGGUGGCGUCAAGCAAUCGAACCAAUUCCACAGAAACCCAUCGUCGUGUCCCAUUCAGCGUACAAAAAAAUCAUUGUUCAUAAUCAAUCACUAAUAACUUUAACACAAAUCUAUACGGACAAAGCCAUGGAUUGUGUCACACAAUGGUAUAAGAGUCGUUCAGUGCCACAUUUAGCUGUUCUUAUCAAACGAGGUGUAUUAAAAAUUUAUAAGGAGAAAUCAAUUCGGAUGACAACCAACAACAAAAGAGAAAUCUAUGCACAAUUGGAUAAGAAUGGUCAGAUUCUAUCGAGUUUUGACAAUCGACUAUUUGAUUCCAUUGAACAUUUCUAUCAAGCAUAUCAACAACGUCGUAAGCGUACGGAAAACUUAGCAAUUAUCUAUGAAUCUGUCCAUUGGUGUAAUCAAUCCUUUCAUGAUAUCUUACUUGAAUAUGCUGAAGCAAUUGUGAAAUUCACUGGGAUGAAAACUCGACUGAUCGCUGAUGACGAACUAUUGCCUGGCAAUAUUCCAGUUGAUGUUUUACCAAAAGAAAUUCUUUGUCAAAUUAAUUGUUGGGAUGAUGAUCGAAAUGAAAUCGAAUUGUAA